AAAAAUAUGUUAAAUCUUUGUUUCCAUUGUGAAGAUUUUGGUUUUACUACUAAAUGGAACUUUUUUGCAACUAGUCACGGUAAGCAACCUUGUGAUGGGAUAGGUGGUACAGUCAAACGUCUGGCAACACUAGCAAGUUUGCAAAGAGAUAUGGGUAAUCAUAUUUUAUUUCCACAAACAAUGUAUAAAUAUUGCAAUGAAAACAUUGAAGGUAUAAAUUUCAUAUAUAUUUCAUCAGAAGAUUUAACUUUGGUGAGAACCGCUAUUAAAGAACGGUUGAAUACUGCUAAUGCAAUACCUGGAACAUGUAGUUACCAUCGGUUUGUACCACUUGGCCAUCAAAAGGUAGGCACUAAGCUAUGCAGUGUUGAUGAAGAGUUUGCUUUAAUUCAUGACUUUGGAAAUAUCCAGAUAACAACUGUAAACCUAGUACCAGGUGAUUAUGCCUGUGUUUCCUAUGAGCAAAAGUGGUGGAUAAGAAUCAUUGAAGAUAUUAAUUUAGAAGAAAAAGAUGUGCUUGUAAAAUUUAUGUGUCCUAAUGGUCCUGCACGGUCGUUUAAAUGGCCACCAAAGGAAAGCCAAAUUCCUGAUGUCCACAUUAUUUAUAUCAGUCAGAUUUUUUUUAUAGCUAUAAUUGUUAAUGCCCUUUUUUCUCGGCGUUAUAAAGUGUAUUUUAUGGAUCUUAAAAUAAGCUACAUUCCCUUGUUUGGACAUAAAAAACUAUAUUUUCGGAAUUAACAGGUUUUAAACUCUUUUGGUACAAAGUUUCAGAAUUGUGACAUCACUACAAGCACCAUAUUAAUCGAAAUGAUUUUCGGCACUUUUCCUCCCUCAGUUUUUAGUCAAAAUCAAAGAAACUUCAAAUUACUGUAAAUUAUAAACGGUAAGAAAUUUUAUGAAAAAAAAUUACAAUCUUUCCUAACAUGUCUAUAAAUAUUUGUGCCAAGUUUCAAAAAUUUUGGUGAUAUAGGGUGCAGAUUUGUGUUUUUUUGUGUUUUUUGAGAAAGUUUUACCCGAUAGGAAAAACUGAUGAAAACAUUUACUAUCUCAUCAAGUGGAACAAGGCGGUCUGCCAAAAAAGAAGCAGUCACGCCAUUGCACAGACAAAUCAAAGAGGUUCUUCAAGUUUUUAAAUCCAUUAUCCACAAUCCCAACAGAAUGCUGUCGCGGUUUGCAAUGCAAAAGAUCUUAUCAUUCAAAUUUUUUUCAUUUUUUUUGUGUUUGUUGGAUUUCUGCUAUUGAAUUUUUUCUGGGAAAGCAAACUGCUUCAGUAUAAAAAAAACAUUUCAAUUGACAUUGCAGCAAAAAAUGGAACAGAUUGAAGUCGUUGAAAGUCUUGAACGAAUUUGAAGUAUCUCAAAAUUUGAAUUCUAUCCAAAAUUUGAAAAAUUUAAGGGUGGACAACAUAAUCAAAUAUGCCACAGAAACUGCCAAUCAGAAUGGAAUUGAAAGUGGCUCUUCAAUCAAGAGGAAGCGCAAAGUAAAGAGAAUGGCAAAAUAAAGAGGAACUUAAGACAAAAGAUUUAUCUCAGAUUUACAAGGCGAUUUAGAUUCUUUUGACUUUUUAAAAUAAUGUUUGUGUAUA